GAGAGGGAGGGAUUGAUGGAGAUGGAGAUAUCACUCGCCCAGAGAACAUUACUGCUUUCCAGAAUUUUGUUUUGGACAAUACUGAUCACAAGGGAGUGCAUUUCUUAAUGGCUGAUGGGGGUUUCUCAGUGGAGGGUCAGGAGAAUCUGCAAGAAAUCCUAAGCAAACAGCUCAUGCUUUGCCAGUUCCUUACAGCACUGUCCAUUGUCCGGACAGGAGGACAUUUUGUCUGCAAAACCUUUGACCUGUUUACUCCAUUCAGUGUGGGACUUGUUUAUCUGCUGUAUUGCUGCUUUGAGCGAGUGUGCAUCUUUAAACCUGUGACAAGCCGCCCUGCUAACUCAGAGAGGUAUGUGAUAUGCAAAGGAUUAAAGCUAGGGAUUGAUGAUGUGCGGGACUAUCUCUUCACGGUGAACAUCAGACUCAACCAGCUGCGCAACUCUGAUGUGGAUGUGAAUCUUGUUGUCCCAUUGAAUGUGAUCAAAGGCGACCAGGAUUUCUAUGAUUACAUUGUCCAGUCCAAUGAAAACCACUGCAAAGUUCAGAUAAAGGCACUAGCCAAAAUUCGUGCCUUUGUUCAAGACACUACGCUGAUUGAGCCACGUCAGGCUGAAAUUCGAAAGGAGUGUCUCCAGCUAUGGGGGAUUCCUGAUCAGGCUCGUGUUGCUCCUUCAUCUUCAGAUCCCAAGUCCAAGUUCUUUGAACUGAUCCAGGGCACGGACAUUGAUACCUUCAGUUACAAACCCACUCCUCUGAAUUCCAGUACACUAGAGAAAAUCCGCCAAGUGUUAGAUUACCGAUGUAUGGUGUCUGGAAGCGAGCAGAAGUUCCUCUUGGGGCUAGGGAAAUCGCAGAUCUACACCUGGGAUGGUCGCCAGUCAGAUCGCUGGACAAAGCUGGAUUUGAAAACUGAACUGCCACGAGACACCCUUCUCUCUGUGGAGAUUGUCCAUGAGCUGAAAGGAGAGGGGAAAGCCCAGCGAAAAAUCAGUGCCAUCCACAUCCUUGAUGUCUUGGUGCUGAACGGCAACGAUGUUCGAAAGCAGCAUUUCAACCAGAGGAUUCAGCUGGCGGAGAAGUUUGUCAAAGCUGUUUCUAAACCUAGCCGGCCAGAUAUGAACCCUAUCCGAGUGAAGGAAGUGUACAGAUUGGAGGAAAUGGAGAAGAUUUUUGUGAGGUUAGAGAUGAAAAUCAUCAAGAGUUCAGGGGGAAUACCCCGGCUAUCCUACACUGGCCGAGAUGACCGGCACUUUUUGCCCACAGGACUCUACAUCAUACGGACGGUGAAUGAUCCCUGGACAAUGGCAUAUAGCAAAAACUCUAAGAGGAAAUUCUUCUUCAACAAAGUGACCAAGAAAGCGACGUAUGAUCUCCCUCCCGAAUCCAUCGCACCCUUUCAUGUCUGCCAUUACAGCCGCCUCUUCUGGGAGUGGGGGGAAGGUGUCAAAGUGCACGACUCUCAGAAAAGGCAAGAUCCAGAGAAGCUGUCAAAGGAAGUUGUCCUGUCUUUCAUCCAAGCGCACUACCCCUAA